AUGGGCAAAAUGGCAAGCCCAGUUGGACUUGUUACAGUUCAUGAAGUUGCUCAUUGGUUGCGUACGAAUGAAAAGAUAUUGAUACUUGACGCGCGUUCUUUUAUGGAAUAUAACACAAGUCACAUUGGGAAGUCUGUAAAUAUUGGUGGUGAUCGUGUUUUUCGGCGGAAGCUGUGCGAGUUUCCGAUUGUCCUUAGUUCCCUAAUUUCCACAAUUGUUGGAGUUCCAGCUUCGGAUAUCCGCGAGUUUCGUGGAGUUAUACUCUAUGAUCAAUUUUCGGAUGAUCAAGAUGCACUUCGGUCCAAUGUCUUUAUAUCUUUCCUUCUCAGUACCCUAUCUUCGAUCUUCCCCAAUACAUUACUGUUAAAAGGUGGCUUUCUGGGCUUUCGUGCGGCCUAUCCCGAUCUCUGCUGGGAACACUCUGAGAAGCUGCCGGGUGAGGAGUACGUC